AUGGUUCUCAAAUAUGCUUUGUGGUGUGAUCUUCUCAAGGUGUGCACAAGCUGUGAGGACAAUGCAGGAACCAUAGGCUUUUGCGUGGAGUGCGGGGAAUGGCUGUGUAAGACCUGCGUGGAAGCUCACCAGAGGGUUAAAAUUACCAAGGACCACAAAAUCCACACCAAGGAGGACGCUGACGCUGCUUCCGAGUCUGUUGGUGCAGGGCAGAGGCCUGUUUUCUGUCCCAUCCACAAGCAGGAGCCCCUGAAGCUUUUCUGUGAGACCUGUGACACGUUGACCUGUCGGGACUGCCAGCUGCUGGAGCACAAAGAGCACAGGUACCAGUUCCUCGAGGAGGCUUUUCAGAACCAGAAAUGCUUGAUCGAGUCCAGCAUGGCCAAACUACAGGAAAAGAAGAGUUACGUGCAUUAUUCGGUCUCCCAGGUGCAAAACAGGUUAAAGGAGGCGGGUGAAACGCAGAAGAAGGUGGAGCACGAGAUCAAAAUCGCAGUAUUUACUCUUAUAAACGAGAUCAACAAGAAGGGAAAGUCCUUGCUGCAACAGUUGGAUAGUGUCACCAAAGAGCGCAAUAUGAGGCUCGUGUCUCAGCAAAAGGACACCACGCAGCUGGCCCAACAGAUCCACCAUGUGCUCAGCUUCUGCCAAUGGGCCAUCAGCACUGGCAGCAGCACGGCGCUGCUCUACAGCAAGAGGCUGAUGCUCUACCAGCUUCGCCAGCAAUACAAGGCUCGACUGGAGCCAGUGCCACAGGCAAAUGGAGUUGUGCGCUUCUUCUGUGACCCCACCUUUUGGGCCAAAAAUGUGGUGAAUCUUGGUAAUUUGGUAAUCGAGAAGCAAGCCCAAUCCGUGCAGCCGCCCGGUGUGAUGGUAGGGGGACCGCCAAUUUCCCCGGGCCAUGGUCACCACGGCAAACACCCGCAAACACAGAUCAACCUGGCCCAGCUCCGGAUGCAGCACAUGCAGGCGGCCUACGUGCAGCAGAAGCAGCAGCAGCAGCACCAACUUCAUCAACAACAACAACAACAACAACAACAACAACAACAACAACAACAGCAACAACAACAACAACAACAACAACAACAACAACAGCAGCAGCAGCAGCACCAGCAGCAGAUCCAGCAACAGAUGCGCCUCGCCUCCCAAAUGUCCCAGCAGCAAGUCAGACCGGUCGGGCCCCCCAUGGGUCAGCAGCAGCCUCCAAGGCUCAUCAGUAUGCAGCAACUACCAAGAGGACCUGGGGGUAUGAACGGGGGGCCAGGUCCCCCCAUGUACUCUUCCGCUCAUCACAUGCGUCUCCAGGGUCCCCCACAGGGCCGAAUGCCUACGGCUCAGCCCAGACUUAACGGACAGCAGUAUCCCGCCAUGAUGCAGCCUCAGCUACAGAGACAGCAUUCCAACCCAGGGCAUGCGGGCCCUUUCCCAGUGGCAUCCCUCCAUAACGCAAACCCCACGAGUCCCACCAGUGCCAGUAUGGCGGGGGCCCAUGCUCACCGCGGCCCCGCCAGCCCCGUAAUAGGGCCCAUCGAGCUCAUCCCCUCCGUUACCAAUCCUGAGAACCUGCCCUGCCUACCCGAGAUCCCGCCCAUACAGCUGGAGGAUGCAGGGUCGAGCGGCCUUGAACACCUCCUGACUCGCUGCAUCUCAGUCAGCGCGCAGCAUCUCAUCGCAUUGGACAUGAACCCCUCGCCUGGCCUGUCCACACACUCUCCUGGAUCCUCAGGGUUGUCAAAUGCACACACACCAGCACGACCUUCUAGCACGUCCAGCACAGGCAGCAGAGGCAGCUGUAGUUCGGCUGGAAAGACGGGGCCAGGAGGUGGCGCUGCGGUGGUGAGGGUGAAGCAGGAACCUGGAACAGAAGAAAGCAACAGCUGUCCAACUUCUUCUAUGAAGACGGAGCGGGGGAAAGAUGGGAGGAGUGAUUGCAUGAUGAGCAAUCCGGAGAGCAGCACCCAUCCUACAUUGGGAGUCGUAUCUUCUGGCCUAGAUGCUCUCAGGGCUUUAGGGGAGCGCAUCAAGACGGAACCCCAAUCUGGGACGCCUUGUUCUGGAAUUGGCUCCGGGGCCGCCACCUCUUCCACUCCCACAACGACCUCCGCUACCUCGCUACACUCUGGGAACGGCAGCAAAACAUCCGGCGCUUCGCUCACUAAUGGCAACUCAGAGAAGGGGGAAGACCCCAAUGAGGACUGGUGUGCUGUCUGCAUCAACGGAGGAGACCUGCUGUGCUGCGACCGCUGCCCCAAAGUGUUCCACAUGAAGUGCCACGUUCCCACCAUCAAAAUCUUCCCAACGGGUGAUUUUCUCUGCACGUUCUGCCGAAGUCUAACCACCCCCGAGAUUGAGUACUGUGACGAAAGCACGAGGAACCCAGAGGAACAGGGGCUCAGUCCUGAGGACCAAAGGAAAUGUGAACGCCUCCUGCUGCACAUCUACUGCCACGAGCUCAGUGUGGGCUUCAGGGAACCUGUUCUCAGCUCGGUGCCCAACUACUACAAGAUUAUCAAGAAGCCCAUGGACCUGAAGAAGGUGAAGAAGAGGCUGCAGCUGCGGAGCUCCCAGCACUACCAGUCUGUGCAGGAGUUUGUGUCCGACAUGCGCCUGGUCUUCACAAACUGCGCAAAUUACAACGAGAUGUCUCGAAUAAUCCAGGUUUAUGAUGAGGAGAAUCAGAUUAAUACGCAGGCCGGAUCGGAGAUGGCAAUAUCCGGCAAGGCAGUGAGCCUGUACUUUGAGGAGAAGUUGCAGGAGUCGUUCCCCGGGCAGAGCUUCCCUGAAACACCACAAACAGAGGGUCCAGCAACCGAGGAGAAGGAGGACACAGAGGACUCUGACGAGGACUUCAUACAGCCCAGACGCAAACGGUUAAGAAUAGACGAGAAAGUGUUCCACAUCAAGUGAGAAACGACCUCAAAAUACACCAGAGAAGUAAAACAAACUGUCUUCCUCACGUCUCCGACUUCUCGUCUGUUUGAGGCAGCCGUCAAUAAAGGAGGAGGUCCGCUGUACAAACUGCUUGGUUUAUCUCAUCCUUGCCUUUGAAAGAAUAAACUGUCAUUAAAAACCUGCCUUUAUCACAACUCUGGAGGACAGAAUCACAGAAGAGCUGCAUUACCUCCGUACAUUCAUGGACACUCAAGAACUCGCUUGUACAGACUUUACCGUAGGACUUGUUUUGCAGUAGAUACAUUAAAUGAAUUCUCCUUCUUUUUUUAACAACCCAUCUCAUGUGUAGAUUUGUUGUGAAAAGUGCUUUAUAAAAGAUUUGAAUCCCCUGUCCUCCAUUCUUAAUGUAUUAUAUCUAUACUUUGAUAUGAAACCUACCAAGUGUUUGUAUAACUUUGUGGAA